AUGUUCGGCCAUGUUGAAAUAGUUGCUAAAGCUGCCCCAGGGGUCGGAAUAGUUUCAUCAAGCGUACUGAUAUCGGAUAACCUAGACGAACUUGAUUGGGAAUGGCUAGGAAAAGAUAUCAAUGAAGUUCAGACUAAUUAUUUCAGUAAAGGUGAUGAUUCAACUUUUAAUAGAGGAGGCAUCAGCCAAGUUUCUGAUACACAAAACCAAUGGCACACUUACUCAAUUGACUGGACAGCUUCGAGUACUACAUGGUCAGUGGAUGGCCAAGUUGUUCGCACUCUAGAUAAUCCAAAUACUGGCUAUUAUCCACAAACUCCUAUGCAAAUAAAAAUAGGGCCGUGGUCUGCAGGCGAUCCAAGUAAUAGAGAAGGAACUAUUGAAUGGGCAGGAGGAGAGACUGAUUACUCGCAAGGUCCAUUUACUUUUUCUGUCAAAUCAAUCUCGGUACAAGACUACUCCACUGGUACAGCAUAUUCUUAUUCUGAUCACUCGGGUUCUUGGUCUUCUAUUCAGGCAGCCAAUGGUGUGAUCCGGACACAAUCGGAGGACUCUACAAAUGAAGAAGUAUAUGCUCAACAAGUGGAACAAAACGAAGCGAAAACUGAGGCUUCAACCCAACUAACGCCUGUUGUUUAUGUUUAUACAACAAUCAUCCAAGCAGCCACUCAAACAUCACAAACAACUUCAAGUGCUAUUGCAACAAGUUCGAGCGGUCACUCUUCAUAUGAUAAUGGCCAAUAUCACCCAAAUCCAAAGUACGAUGACGGUUCUUACAAACCAGAUCUAUACAUGGUGAAAAAAUCAUAUGUGAGUACAAAUAGCUCUCAAUCAAGUGUUGUUGAACAAUCAAACUCAGGCACGACUCUACCAAUGAGUAAGGAAUUGUUUUUAGUAUUAUUAGCUCUUUUAAUUGCUAUCAUUUAA